GUACUAACUACAACUACAACUUAUUGCAGGCAUUUACUUAGCAUAACCAUAACUUUUUGUGUAUGUGCCUAACAAAUUAGCAGCAGAAGCAUAUAUUAGGCGCCGCAAGCAGCCAUCAGAGAAUAUCGUUCAGAAGCGUUUACGUGUAUUUAAAUUGAACAUACAAUAUGUACAUUGUUGAUAAACAAUAGCAAACUGAACACAGAAAAGGCUCGCAACAGACAUAAAGCAACGCAACAGAAAUAAAACAACACCACACAUACUUAUAACGUGCUCGACGCAAUCAAAUCGCAGCCGGCCGAGGGCAACGUGUGCAUUUACGGUUGGCUUUGCAAAAUUACUAUUCGCAGUACAGCUAAGCCAAUUAGGUUGAGCGGCGAUCUGUAACGGGAGAUCAAUUGAUAAAUGUAGCGGAGCCACCAACGCAGCAGCGGUCGGUAGCCAGAAGCGAAGCUAAUGUGCGGCAGAAAAAAAGACUGUGGACAAGUUGCGGUCAGAUGUAAGGCAGGGUGUCUACUGACCCAACGAGGCGGGUAUCCAGCUAAAUACCAGUAGACACCCUGUAAGAGCAACUCCCGCUCUACGCAACAAAAAAUAACGCUUCCACGCCCACCGAUUAAAACAGCCGCGUGCUGAGUGUCGCUAUCGACGAUUUCGAGUUAUCUUUUAGGCCUGAACUCAGUUCAAUUUAAAUGUCGAACUAAGCGCUGGCUGUUUAGCUGGAGAGAACGUCCCCCCACCGCACUGCAAAGAUGCGUUCGCGUAAGGUGCUUCUAGUAAUUGCUUUCCUGAUAACGUGGACAUAUAUCACAUACUAUAUACUGCUGCGCAGCAGCAACCCUGAGCUCAGUAAAUCACAGUUUAAGAGUCUAGCCCGAUUCUUGCCCCAUGCGCAAAAUGAGAACAUUAAAAGUGAGAAAUUAGCACGGAAUCUCAUAGAAUUCUUAAAAGUAAGAUAUUUGGAGGAUCAGGAUGUGCCAACGACAGGAACAACGCCCAAAAUCAGCAUAAUAGCGGCUGAGAUCUCCGACGAAGUGGCUGACGUUGCGGAGAAAGUGACGCCGGCACGAAUACCAACGCAAACACAUCUAGCGAAUGGUGAGCCCGUUAUACCCAUUUUGGUAUUUGCAUGCAAUCGCGUUUCUGUCAAAGACUGUCUCGAAAACCUGGUGCGGUAUCGUCCAAGUCUAAAACAAUUUCCUAUUAUUGUGUCACAGGAUUGUGGCGACGAAGCCACAAAAAGUGUCAUCCAGCAAUUCGGCAAACAAGUUACACUCAUUGAGCAGCCCGACCAGAGUGAUAUUAAAGUACCUCCCAACGAAAAGAAAUUCAAGGGCUAUUAUAAGAUAUCUCGUCACUACGGCUGGGCGUUAAACACCACAUUCCGGGUUGGUUUUGAUUUUGUGGUUAUUGUAGAGGAUGAUUUGAAUGUGGCGCCAGAUUUCUUUGAAUACUUUCUGGGCACACAUAAGCUGCUCAAAAAAGAUCCAAGUCUAUGGUGUAUAUCCGCUUGGAAUGAUAAUGGUAAGGCAAAUGUUGUAGAUACUUCGCAGCCGGAGCUGUUAUAUCGCACCGAUUUCUUUCCGGGCUUGGGAUGGAUGCUUACCAAGGAUCUGUGGGCUGAACUUUCGGUGAAGUGGCCAAAAUCCUUCUGGGACGAUUGGAUACGUCACCCGGCUCAACGCAAAGAACGUGCUUGUAUUAGGCCUGAAAUCUCACGCACGCGUACAUUUGGCAAAAUUGGCGUGUCCAAUGGUAUGUUCUUUGAUAAAUAUCUCAAAUAUAUUAAGCUUAGUACGGAUUUUGUGGAGUUUACAAAAAUCAACAUGAGCUAUUUGUUGAAGGAAAAUUAUGAUAGUACGUUUUUGAGACGCGUUUACAUUUAUCCACUGGUUACGUAUGACGAGCUGCGGCGCAACCUCAUAGCCAUUAAGGGACCAGUACGCAUUCAGUACAAUACGCGUGAUCAGUACAAGCGCUUGACCAGGAUGCUUGGGCUUAUGGACGACUUAAAGAGUGGCGUUCCCAGAACUGGCUACCAUGGUAUUGUGUCUUUCUUCUAUAAUGGACGGCGUGUACACUUAGCACCUAAUGCCAACUGGAAAGGUUACGAGCUUUCAUGGAGCUAACAGCAGCCAGUUUUAGUUAAUUUGCACUAAACUAAAAGUUAUCGUCUAAUUAACUUAGAGCAGCAUUAAUGGAAUCAAAAGAUUUGGUUUUAAACUGGAUGCGAUACCAAAAAUAGUCGAAUCUCAUGACGAUAAUUCAAUUAAUUUUAUUUUUAUAACAACUUUAGUUAUAGUUAUGCUAUUUUUUUAUGUGUCCAUUUUAACACUUGCUCCGCUCCAAAGUAACAAAUGAAUCAAAAAGAGUCUCCAAUAUGUAUGUAUAGCUUCUAAUAGUUACGGGUAGAUGGGUAGUGGUCGCUAACCACAAACUUUGAACAUACUAAUGUAAAACUGAUGCAAUAACAACGAAGUACACAGAGCCGUGUUAAGCGAUGGAGGAAAUAAGGAUGUUUAGUUGUAAAUAGUCACCACGAUUGGCUCUGCAUGCACUUGCAAUGUUUCUGUUAACAUUUAUUUAAUUAAUCGAUUGCUUUAAUUUAUUAUAUAAGCUUGUUUAGUAGUUUAAUUAAUUAGAGGUUAAGUUGAUAGAGCUCGAAUUGGAAGUAGCGUAGACGUGAUUUGUGAUUCUAUGAUUUUAUUUUAUAAUUAUUUUCUUUUUCUAAAGCCAAUUACUGACCCACGAUGUAACAUAAGAUCAUAGCAAUAGGUUAACUAAUCCCAGUGUUAGACUAACAUGAAUCUGUGCCAGUCGCUGUAUAUCGCUUCAGAGUCGAUAUGUACAUACACCUUACAUAACAUGCACACUUUGAAGAAACAAGAAUGAAGACGAAACAUACACGUACAUAAACAUAAGUAUAAACUAACGUGUUUAUAUGAGCAUUGUAUUGUGGCAUAUAAACAAAAAUAUUUCCUAAACAGAACUUGUAUAUUGCGCACUAGUCGCUGCAAUAUUGUUUAAAAAUAUAACAAAACUUUUUCCAUGUGUA